CCCUCCUUUCCCUUUCCGCUCUCUCCGCCUCCGGAAGCGCGGGCGCGCGGGGCCGGGAGCCCGUUCAGGGCCGCAGGAGUGCGCCAGCGCCGCGCGUGGGGCUGUGGUGGCCGCGGCUCUCAGGUGAGGGGCGCGCGAGCGGCUCCUGGCUCCCUGCCCGCGGGGCGCCCGCCACGCUCCCUUUCCGUUCGCAUCCGUUUCCCCCCGCUCCGGAGCCCAGGCGGCGGCGAGUACUUGGGAUGUAUUUUUGCCAUCAUGGAUCAGUUUGCAGAUAUAUUAGAAGGUGAAGUGGACCAUUCUUUCUUUGACAGUGACUUUGAAGAAGGAAAGAAAUGUGAAACUAACUCAGUUUUUGACAAGCAAAAUGAGGACCCAAAGGAAAGAAUAGAUAAAGAUACAAAAAAUGUAAACUCGAACACUGGAUUGCAAACAACAGAAAAUUACCUUACUGAGAAGGGAAAUGAAAGAAACAUGAAGUUUCCCCCAGAACACCCUGUAGAGAAUGAUGUUACACAAACUGUAAGUUCUUUCUCAUUGCCAGCCUCUUCAAAAUCAAAAAAAUUGUACGAUGUUACAACAGGACUUAAAAUACAUGUGUCCAUUCCAAAUAGAAUUCCCAAAAUUGUAAAAGAAGGUGAAGAUGAUUACUACACAGAUGGAGAGGAAAGCAGUGAUGAUGGGAAGAAAUACCAGGCAAAGUCCAAGUCCGCUAAACCAUCUACUAACGUUAAAAAAAGCAUAAGGAAAAAGUAUUGCAAAGUUAGCUCCUCUUCCUCCUCCUCUUUAUCUUCCUCACCUUCAGGUUCAGGUACAGAUCGUUUAGAUGCAGGGUCUGAUAGCCAUCUACCUGAUUCGUCUCCAUCAUCCAAGAAACAUGUAUCUGGUAUAACCCUCCUGUCACCAAAACAGAAGUAUAAAUCAGGAAUAAAAUCGACAGAAACCCAGCCUUCAAGUACUACACCAAAAUGUGGCCACUACCCUGAGGAGUCUGAAGAUACUGUGACCGACGUAAGUCCCUUAUCAACUCCAGACAUUAGCCCUCUUCAGUCUUUUGAACUGGGCAUAGCAAAUGAUCAAAAAGUGAAAGUUAAAAAGCAAGAAAAUGUGAGCCAAGAAAUAUAUGAAGAUGUUGAGGAUUUGAAAAAUGAUUCAAAAUAUUUGAAAGCAGCCAAAAAAGGGAAAGAAAAACAGGAGCCUGAUCCCUCCUCAAAGGUGUCUUCAGUGUUAGACUCCAGUUUAGACCACAGACAUGAACAGAAAGUCUUACAUGACACAAUGGAUCUGAAUCAUCUCUUGAAAGCUUUUCUGCAAUUAGAUAAAAAAGGACCACAAAAACAACACUUUGAUCAGCCUUCAGUAGCACCCGGGAAAAACUACUCUUUCACAAGAGAAGAGGUGAGACAGAUCGAUCGGGAAAAUCAGAGGCUUUUGAAAGAACUGUCAAGACAGGCAGAAAAGCCAGGAAGCAAAAGUACAAUUCCUAGAUCGGCUGAUCAUCCCCCAAAGUUAUAUCACAGUGCUGUCAACAGACAGAAGGAACAACAAAGGAUUGAGAGAGAAAACUUGACGAUCUCGCUCUGUCACCCAGGCUGGAGUGCAGUGACGUGAUCUUGGCUCCUUGCAGCCUUCCUCUCCUGGGUUCAAGUGAUUCUCCUGCCUCAGCCUCCCGAGUAGCUGGGACUACAGGCUUAAGCCACCACACCCAGCUAAUUUUUGUAUUUUUAGUGGAGAUGGUAUUGCCACGUUAGCCAGGCUGGUCUCAAACUCCUGACCUCAAGUGACCCAUCUGCCUCAGCUUCCCAAAGAGCAGGGAUUACAGGUGUGAGCCACUGUGCCUGGCCUGUAGGAGUAACUUCAGAACUCUUAUAUAGAAUAAUUAAAGGGAGAUUGUGAUAAAUUGUCACAAAAAUGAUUUAUAGCAAGUCUCAUACCUACUGUGAAUAUUAAUCUGUUGAUUAAGAGUACUUUUGUUCUAGGAUCUUGAAAUGAUGUAUAGUUUACUUCAUUUGGGUUUCCUUCUGUCUGGUUAAGGUCUGCUAUCUCCUUCCAUUGAAGAAAGCAAGCUAACGAUAACUCAGUGAGACUCCUGCUGUUGAAAUGUAGAGAGCAGUCGUCUUGAUUCUCCCUGUGUGGGGGACAGUUGUUACUUUUUAGUGUCCUUACAGGGUCUUUGCUUCAUCACUCUAGAAACACUAAAGCAACUCUCCUCUGCUAACGGCUGCAGAAAUCAUUAAGACAUUAUUUAUUUGUUUAAAUUUGUUUAAACAUCAAAAGAUGGGCUAGGUUAAUUUUUUUUCUAAAGAGAAUAAUUCCUGGAUAUAAAAUAAAUAUUUGGACAAGUGUAUUAGUCCAUUUUCAUACUGCUAUAAAGAUACUACCUGAGACUGGGUAAUUUAUAAACAAAAGAGGUUUAAUUGACUUACAGUUCUGCAAGGCUGGAGAAGCCUCAGGAAACUUAGAAUCAUGCUGGAAGGCGAAGCCCAAGCAAGGCAUGUCUUACAUGGUGGCAGGAUAGAGAGAGAACACAGGGGAAACUGCCACUUUUAAGCCUCAGAUCUCAUGAGAACUCCCUCACUAUCACGAGAACAGCAUGGGGGAAACUACCCCCAUGAACCAAUCACCUUCCACCAGGUCCCUCCCUCCACAUGUGGGGAUUUACAAUUCGAGAUGAGAUUUGGGUGGGGAGACAGAGUCAGACCAUAUCAAUAGGUAUAUAACACAGUAUUGUUAACUAUAGUCAACAUGCUGUACAUUAGAUCUCCAGAGCUUACUCAUCUUGCAUGACUGGAACUUUGUACCUUGGGUACUUGACAUUUGCUAAGAGACUAGAUCUUAGGUGUUCUCACCAGACACAUAAAUAAAAAUGGUAACUCUGUGAGGUGA